GCUUGGUUAUGCCGCAUGCCGCAUGCUCUCUGCGCUGAUCUCUGGUGAGCAUGCGGCGGUUGCAGCAGCCGGGCGAGGCGACAGAGGCUAGAACAAGAGCACGAGGAGGAUGAUGCGAACGAGGGCGGUCACUCCGCUACGCAGAAUAGCCAGGGAUAGGGUCCGCUCGAAAACGGCGCGGCCAACGGCGGCUGACCAUGUCACAUCAGCGAAUGGCUCGGGUCUACUUACGCAACAGCGGCUCGGGUUGGCGAGGCAUCGCUGCAGUGCUGCUGGCAUGAUCUACAUGCUUCCCCCUACCAGCAAUCGUGCCAAUGGCGUUGGAUUGGGUGCAUUGCCUUCGCCAGUGGAAUAUCGCUUCCACAGCUCGUCCUGCUUUCCUCUGUUGUCUAGGGCCGAUCGAGAUGCACGGCAUGUUGAACGGGCUACGGUGGGAUGCCUGCGGUCGGCAGCAUCGCCGCGGAAGAUGUCGAUACUGACGGAGGCAUCCUCUAAAGUGGGCAGCGCGACGGCAAAUGGCAUCACGUUCGAGACCGGAAAGAUCGCCCAGCUGGCGGACGGAUUCGUGACGGCGAGGCAGGGGGGUACGGUGGUGAUGGUUUCGGCCGUGAGCAACAGGGCGGAGAUGGACGACUCUGGCUUCCUUCCCCUCUCGGUCGACUACCGCGAAAAGGCACACGCCCUGGGAAAGAUUCCUCGGACGCCUAACCGGCGGGACGGGAGGGAGACUGACGAAGAGGUGCUGGUGGCGAGGGCGGUGGACAGGGUGCUCAGGCCGCUAUUCCCCCCGGGGUACUGCUUCGACACGCAGGUUGUCGCCACUGUGCAAGCUUUGGAGGCGGGGGGAGAUCCGGUCGUGGUUGCCAUCAACGCCGCCUCAGCCGCGCUCUGCGUGUCCAACAUCCCUUGGGAUGGGCCGGCGGGCUGCGUGCGAAUAGGCCGCGUGGACGGCAGGCUCGUGGUGAACCCUUCCCCAGAUACCUUUUCGCCCACCGCUUGGAACGACGGCGGGGGGUUCGACCUGCUCUACGCGGCAAACGAGCACCGGGUGUUGAUGAUCGAAAUGGGGGGUGGGCCCACGGGCGAACGGUUGAUGGACUUGGCCCUCAAGCUCGCCCACAAACAUGUGGCGCCGCUAAUCGAGGCCCAGCGCGCUCUGCAGCGGGACGCGGGCAAGGAGAAGGUCCUUCCGCGCUCCGACGCGGCCCCGUCACCGAGUAUGCUCACAGAGGCCAUGCGUGUUGGGCUGCCGGACGCGAAGGCUCUUUUCGCGGCACCACCUAAGGGCGGCGAUGACGCCACUGCCGGAGAGAGUGGAAACUCCUCGAAGGAGGAUCGGGGGAGGGCCGAAGGGGUGCUCCUGGGGAGGGUCCGCGAAGCGCUGGCGACGAGCUUUCCCGACGCUCCUCCGGCGGCAAGGGUUGCGGCUGCGGAGGCGGUGCUGAAGCGGGCCAUGCGGGCGGCGAUCGUGGAAGAGGGCCGUCGUCCGGACGGUCGAGGGAUAGGCGAGACGCGCGACCUCACCGGAGAGGUGGACGUUCUCCCGACGGUGCACGGGUCGGGCAUGUUCACACGCGGUCAGACGCAGACCCUGGCUACCGUCACCCUCGGCCCCGCCCUGGAGUCCGCGCCGCAGCGGUUCCUCGGCAAAGCACCAGAGGCCCCAGACAUGCUCGACGCCAGGCUUUACCUGCAUUACGAGUUCCCCCCCUACUGCGUCAACGAGACGGGCAAGGUGGGACUUGUGAACCGGCGAAUGGUUGGACACGGCAACCUCGCCGAACGCGCGGUGCUGUCCGUAAUGCCAGAGACGGAGACCUUCCCGUACACCACGCGCGUGUCUGCCGAGGCGAGUGACGAUGAGCAAUGGAUCGUCUUCGAUGGCGACAGCGUGUGCCACGUCUCUGGCUCUCAUGGAUGCCGGAGUUCCGGUGUCUUCGCCAGUUGGAGGCAUUUCCGAUGGGUGGGAUUGAUGACGAUGGACGCACCUGCGGACGGAGAGGACAUCGGGCCGCACUCGAUCCUGAUGGAUAUCCAGGGGACGGAGGACCACUACGGGGACAUGGACUUCAAGGUCGCGGGGACGGCGAUGGGCAUCACAGCGAUUCAGCUUGACGUGAAACUCAGGGGAGGUGUUCCUCUACCAGUUCUCAGCGAAGCGCUCAGGGUUGCCAGGGCAGGCCGUGCACAGGUCCUGAAGGCGAUGAAGAAAGCGAUUGGGUCGCCCAACGGUACUCUCAAGGACCGAGCCCCUCGGUGCGAGAUCGUCCACUUCGAGGCCGACCGGAAGAAGGACCUCGUCGGCUUCCAGGGGCAGACCAUGAAGGGAAUCGAAGAAAACUUCGGCGUGGCACUGGACCUCUCCACCGAGGGAAGAGCGGUGGUGUUCUCCGACAGCGCCCAAAGCGUAGCUGGGGCAGUGAAGCUCGUACGAGAGCUGGUGCACGAAAUCGAAGAGGGGGACUUCUACGAGGGAACAGUGAAGACAGUACACGAAUAUGGUUGCCUGGUGGAGCUGCUUCGCAACCAGCAGGGCCUGCUGCAUGUGUCCAACAUGACUGACAAGCUGCCUGCCCCGCCAGCGAGAGAUAUCGUCAAAGUCGGGGAUACUGUGGAGGUCAGGGUCAUGGAGGUGGACAGACUCCGCGGCCUGAUCAAGCUUGCCUCGGAGAGCCACCCAUCUUCGUCGACGUCCAAACCUGGCCAGGGGCGACGAAGUCCGACAGUGGCAGGAGAGGACGAAGAGAUGCAGAAAGCGAGCCAAUGAGGAGUUGAUACCAUCCUCCAUCCGAAUUGCGCAAGAGACUAAAUAGCAAAUAUGGAGUUUCUCGCUUGACGGAAGAGUGGCGUCUGGUAUGCUGUCCGCCUGUUGGAGCGAGUACUCACGGAGGGACGCAGCAGGACCGCUUGCCUUGAGUGAGCCUCGUAUUCUUUCUUCCUCCCGACGGCGAAGGACAGCGAUCGGAAAGCCUUCGUCUGAGGGCUUUCUACGCAUACCGCGGCCAAGUUAUUUUCUUCAGUCUUUAGUGAGGAAACCCUCUGGUUGCAGGUUGUCGGGCGGUGGCAUGCUUCUGACAUUUUCCGCUCCACGGCCUCCUCGCCCAAGGUUUGCUUGUGCAGAAGUCGCCAUCUUACCAUUGCGGUAGAGCAAAAAACACUUGUGGCACGCACUUCGCUGAUUGGUCUCAACUACGCGCAGUUUUUUGCGUUAAGAUAGGUCGGAGUUCGUAAGAUGGAAAGGCAAGACCUUGCGGUAUGUGGCAACGGAGAGCUUGAAUUAGAUGAUGGUGAAAUAAACAGCGAUUCAAAUGCGCGGCCGCAAUACUAGUCCUCUUCCGUUGUUCGUUAGUAUAUCUAAACCUCAAAUACUCUUUCCCGUUGUAGUAACUCCCCCGCCUUCGCGUCAGACGCCAACAGUACGCUUAGUACAGUAUGGAGAGCCGUACUAAACGCAACAGUACUACAACAUCGAGAAUCGGUACUGAGGUUUGUAUCAGUACAGUAUGAAAAGCCGUACUAAAAGUACAGUAUGGAGAGCGGU